AUCAUGCAGGGCCGACGAGCAAGCAUAUUUCACACACGAGUGAGCAACGGUUGCAUAGAAAACGAGAGACCAUCAGAUAGACGAUGAUAGAUGACCACAAUGAAUUUAAUUUUAAGUUGUAAAGAACAUUCGUAGUACUUGAUGUUGACAGAUGAUCAUCGUCAGCAUAAUCACAAGUACUUCUAGAACAAGACCAUAUCCAGAAGAAGAUUCCAAAAAAUGUUUGGUCGAUCCUUAACAAAGAGCUCCGACUUUUCGAUCGGAGAGCAACGGAGUUUGUUCGGUCAUGCAAGACGUAUAAAAGAAGUGGUAAAAACAGAGAGCGGAGGCUAUUCUUAAGGCAUAUUUUUAAGUAGAUGAUUUAAUAUGGGAAGAAGAUGGAAACAAGUAUAAAAAGCCUCCAUAAUCAUGCUGGCGCAAGAUGAAGAGUAGAACAAGAACCGGAACUUCAGUUACGACCACUUCAAUGAAUUACACGGACGAUGAGGUAUGAAUAAUCCCUUGAUCAAAAUCAUUCACUUCUUCAUCAAGUCCUUGUUCCUCCUUCAAUAAAUCGCUGAUGAUGCAGCAUCCUCAGCGAAUGGUGGUGCGAGUGUCGCCUCACUCCUCGGAUUUGGCGACAAGGGUCACUGUGCGACCGACACAUUUCGAAUGUCUGGUGGAAAAAAUGGCAAUAACGGCUGCGUUUAUCUGGUGUUUAUUGUUAUGUUGGCUAAAAAGAAAUUGCUUUUCAUGAAGUGUUGCGCUUCGACAUUCCACAACUGGAACGAACCUCGUGAACUGGAGUCUUUUUAUUUCUAAUACAAAGAACAGUACUCGCACGAAAGAGUCCUUCCGUAAUGCGGCUGCGUUCCACGGAUGCAAGGUGUGCGAUUUUGACUGCGCGACAAGUAGUCUGUCGAAAGGCGAAACGCUCACGGAUACGAUCAAAAUGCUGGUGGGAUACAGCGAAAGACAGAUUACGGCUAACGUAUCAUGGCAAUCUAUCAAACAAGAUUUCAAUCUACUUCUAAAGUUGGUCUCUCUAAGCAGACGAGCUUCAUUAUCCGCUCCAAAUGGGAAGGUGUCUGCACGUGGCUAGAUUGGGCGAUUGGGGAAAAGUAUUUCGCAUCAUCUAUUUAAUCAGAGGCCUCUGCAUACUGAUCUUAGUGCGGCUCUACGCUAGAAUCCUUCGUUCGUAUCCCUCUACAAUAACAUUAGAGCAACUCCAUGUUCGACUCCAAAACCAAAGUCAUUUCCAACCAAAGUCAUUUCCAUCUCCACCCUCUACUUCUACAAUAAAGGUUCUGCCGAGUCCACGAUAUUCCUCGACCUUCCUUUAUCAACGCUGGAGAUGGGCAACACGAACACCCUUCCCAGGAACUGCUGGACGACUUCACGUUUCUAGAGCACCAAGACUGGAAGUUUGACUCGAUACAUGUAGCGCUAAUAGGCGACCUGUGGCACGGAAGGACCGUGCAUUCGAAAGUACCUAUGUAUACUAUAGUAUAUAUAAGUGCGUAUAGUUGAACCUUGUACCUAUGUAUAAUAUAGUUUACGUACUAUAAUUGAACGUCUGGGAAAUCUUAGGCAGCUCGCCGAAUAGAUUCAAAUCAUCAAUGGAAUGUUGGGCUGAUAUAUUUGAUAGUGCUUUCGGGCUUGGGCUGUACCUGUAGGAGUAGGUGUUGUAAGAGCCCCUGCCGCUGCAGCAGCUGCUUAUGAUUUCACUCUUUUAGGUUCACCUCGUCCAUGACAAACUUCUAUGUUUUUAAAGUUUCUCACACGACAUAGAAAACUAUGAAUUUUUUGAAAUAUAGGUAUUUUUUUACCUCUGCAUACCAAAAAAAAUUGAGAGGCAGACGGACUCCGGAUUUUUGGCGACGUGAAAGUGGACCUCAUAGCACCGGACGAAUUGCAAAUGCCCGAUGAGUACGUGAAGAAGAUGCAGGACAACGGUUUCACUGUCGAGAAGUACAAGUCGAUCGAUGCUUACCUUAUGAACAUUAGAUCUACUUCUACAUUUUUUGGCGUUAAUCUUGAUAUUUUAUGCAAGCAAGAAUUUGCAACAGGUAUAAGUCCUUUUCCUUACUUGUAAUGUUUUAGUUGAUCACCCUGAUGAACAGGAAUGAUGAACAGGAAUGACGAUGAUGAAUGAUGUCUACCAUAUUAUGAAACAUCCAUGUAGAGAACCUAGACCUGUAGACAACUGUUACUAGUACCUUUCUUACUCUCUAGUUCCUCAUGUAUUCUUCCUCUAACGCUGUAGCCAGUAAGAAAUGCGCAACAAUUUGGUAUUUUACACGUCUCCAGCUGGAGCGCAUGUCCGAUGAGGUGCAAAAGAAGAGCGCCGAUCUCCGAAAAGCAGUUACCUUUUCGUUGGAAAAGAUAUGGCGGCAAUAGCGAACGGAAUCUAUUCUUCUACUUCUCGUUCUUCGUCCCAUGCGCACUCCCUUGUCAGUCUCUUACAGGUUCUCCAUUCGUAGGUAGUAGUAUUACUUGCAGUAACAUUUUUCAUAAGUAGGAGAAAGUGUAUCUAUUAUAAAUCUUAAAGCCUGUUGUACUAGAAACAUCUACAACUUUCAAUCAAGUCCAACAAGGCCAACCGUUGAAAUCUUUCUUCCUUCUCUGUCUAGGGUCUAAGAAGCCACCAAUCUGAGUUGCCAGAAGGUGCGAAGUUUUACCACCCUUUGCCAAGGGACUCGAGAAAUCCUGUAAUUCCUUUUGAGGUGGAUUCUACACCCUUGAACGGCUGGGACACGCAAAGUCGAAAUGGCUAUUUCGUACGUACUGCGCUACUCGGAAUGGUGGGUGGACAUCUGGCUGUCGAUGUCGAAGUAUGACAGGAAAAAGUGUAUUCAUCGUCGACCUCAAGAAGAAGGAACUACGCACGUUGAUGACGUUCUAACUACAACUAGGAAACUGUGCUUGUUCUAACUAGGAACUUCCUGCGUUGACGCUCUAACUAGGAAAAUGCGCCUGUUCCUAAGUACCAUGAGUUCACUUUCUCCUCUCAUAUCAUGAGGAGAUGGAGGAUGUGGAUGAUGCAGAGGUGGAAGGUUGCGCAAAUGGGGGAGAGCAAGCAGAGUCUGCUGGUAACGGAGGUGUAGUUAUGGAUGUGAACUAUUUCUUGAUGAUUUUUAUUCAAUUUUUUAUCUCAACACCCACUUAAAUCCAACGCUGCUCUGUCGCCUAUAACCAUUCUGGCACUUAUCUCACGCUUAACUCGUCACUACAGAUCCCGGUUUACUACUUGUACAACUACAAUUAGAAACAGAAUAGCUUACAGACGGUGGUAGGGUGGGUACGCUGGGAUAUCGCUGUUAUAUUUGUGGUAACAAGGAGUAGAGGUACAAGUAGUUUAAUAUUGUUGAAUGGUUCUAAUCUUUCGACAAACAAUAAGCGUGAACAAAUGCUUUCCAUACUGCGACAAGGACCGCCAGUGACCGCAACCGGAAAGUGUAAACAUCCCGCAUGCGUGAGUCACGUCGACAACGGACAAAGAGAAGUCCUACAGUGGAUAGUAGACGGAAAAUGCGUCUACUGUGAUCAUCCCAUACAAUUCUCGAAGACGUGCUGAAGCUAGUCGUGAUGUGAUUUAGACGAGUACCCUUCUCGAAGACGUGCUGAAGCUAGUGUUGUGAAUAGGAGUACUUCUCUGAAGCAAACCAACGCUAGUUUUUUUUCGACUUCGCAACUUUCAAACCUAGUGAUAAAAGACUCAGACAGAUUGGUACAUCAGACUUAUACAGAUACCAGACUUAUACAGAUACCAGACUUAUACAGUAUACCGAUGCAGUUCUUCUUAUUUUCUGAACGCCAGUAAACAGUUACAUUAGAAGAAGGUGAUGACGCAAAUUUUUUCACUUCUUUUUUAAGGACGCUUUUCGACACACGUACUUUUUAAGCACAGACACGGCCGCCAAUUUCUAAAGAGUAAGUAACACUAACAGAGGGGAAAUUGCAAUUAGACAUUACCCGCAACAAGACCAGCACUGACACUAACGCUACUUUCAAUGGUGCAAUCAUACACGCACGAGUAAGUUUUUAGCGAGCUCCAAGCUUGGGC